AUUGACAUUGAUUAGAUGCCAGUUCAUCCUGCUAGAUUGAUAUCAAACGCUGGUGCCAGAGCUAGCGACUAGGUACCUCAAGAUAUAUAAGAAGGCGUUGCGGGAAAGACGACCUCGCAAAACCUCUGGUGGCUGAUAGAGCGACUGUUUGAAGCACCACAUUUGUGCCGUGUCACACUGUCUUCGCUAGGACAAUUGGUGGAAAAUCCGAAAAAAUGGCUUUCAAGAUUCCAGGUCUCCCUGAGGUGAGACUGAAUUCGCCUUACUGGCAGAAUGUUAUUAUCGGCAUUCUGGUCGGUCUCACUGCUGGACUUUAUGUUGCCCUCAACCUUUUGGGGGCCGGUGGAGGGCGUCCGAACGACGCUGCGACGGUGCAGGUAGUGAACUCGACGCUUUGUGCCGUCUGGUUCUUUUCUGCCUCGUUCGGUGGAUCCGUUCUCAACAAGAUCGGUCCUGCCAUUACAGCCUCUCUGGGUGUACUUGGCUACAUCAUUUACGUUGGAAGUCUGUGGUACUUCGACGCGACGGGCAAAGAAGGCUUUCCCAUCUUUGCCGGCGUGUGCAUUGGAAUAUCUGCCGGGUUGAUCUUCGUCGUCAUGGGUUCCAUUGCCAUGUCUUACUCUGAGGAACAAGAUCGAGGCAAAUACAUCACCAUGUCCAUCAACCUUCAGGCUAUGGGUGCCGUGGUCGGCGGUAUCAUCCCUCUGAUCAUCAACCGCAAUUCGACCGAAGCAGCCGGUGUGCCUCACGCUGUCUACAUCAUCUUCAUCGUCUUGAUGUCAAUCGGCAUGAUAGGCGCAUUCGCACUUAGGCCCGCUAACAAGAUCGUCCGUGACGAUGGUACACCCAUCGCUGUCGUCAAAGCUCGCUCGUUCAUGGAGGAAUUGAAGGCGAAUCUCGAGAUCUUCAGAGAUUGGAAGUUGUUGAUUAUGAUUCCAGCCUUCCUUCCAGCAGAAUGUUUCUUGGUCUAUGGCGGCUCUGUCAACGCUUUCCACAACAACCUGCGAACCCGAUGCCUGCUAUCCUUCAUCUCGGUGGUCUUACAGAUCCCAGCAGGUUGGGGUCUUCAAUGGAUCUUGGAUAACAAGAAAUGGAAACGACAGACUCGAGCCUUCAUCGGCUUGGCCGUGGUUGGAAUUCCUCUCGUCGCGGCGUGGAUCUGGGAAAUUGUUCGCACAAGAAAGUACAACCGUGCCGACCCCCCAUCGCCAGCCUUGGACUGGACCGAUGGUGAAUUCGUCGCCAUUUUCUUUCUGUUCAUGAUGAACUGGAUCUUCUCUUCCCUCUGGCAGUACCUUAUUCUGUAUUUCCUGGGAACCCUGACAAACUCGCCACGCAAGGCUGCUAACUAUUCGGGCGUGUUCCGUGGAAUCUUGGGUGCCGGAGAAGCCAUCUGUUUCGGAGUCGACUCUACUGCUGUGCCCUACAUGAAAGAGGCCGCUGUCAUCUUCGCCUUCUACACCACCGGUGUGUUGGUUUUCGCCUACCUCGCCGCGUUCCAUAUCCGUGAAACCGAGUACUUCAACGGCGAGGAUGACGUGGUGAUCCCUAAGCACGUCUUGGAGGAGCACCACAUCACCGACGUUGCUAUGGAGGGUGAAAAGGCGAUCCCUCUUGAAGACGGAACUGUCACCGUGGGCGACAACAAGGCCUAGGUUGUCAUCCAUUGACCCUGGUCAAACCUCGAUUUCUGGCAUUGCAGAGACCCAUUUCCUGCCACCUCUGGUUUUGACAUUUAAGACACGGCCUUGUGAAUCUGUCAUGUAUAAUGGAUGUGUG